GAACAACUCUAGAGCUUCCUCCAAGAUGCUGGUGGUCCUACUCAUUGCAGUCUUGCUGGCCCUGAGCUCAGCUCAGAACCCAAGUACAGAUUUUGUGGUUUCCAGUCAUAACAACAGAGAGAGGCUAUCCCCUUCCGAACUAUUCCCUGUUGGUGAUCAGAGCCAGGAAUAUCAAAUAAGAGAUGAUAAUCAGAAACAUCUUCAACAGUCACUGCAGGAGAGGCAACACCUGCAGGUGCAGCAGGAAAACCAGCCACUGCAGUCAAAACAAAAGCAGCCACCACCACCACCACCACCUAAAAAAGCAGCAAGAAGAUUUAAGUGAUCAUUUCAAGGCCAGUUUCAUCAGUAACCAAGAAUGCAAUGUCAGAAACGAAAAGAAGACCUAAGAAGAAAAUGUCCUUAGAAGAUUAUGACAUAGGAGAUAUGUAGUUAUAUCUUUAUCUUUACUCUACCAAUAAACUGUUAAGCAUG